AUGACACGAACAGAACCAAUCGCCAUCAUCGGCACAGGCUGCCGAUUCCCAGGAUCGGCCUCCUCGCCCUCUCGACUCUGGGAACUACUGGAGAAUCCGCGCGAUGUCGCCUCUAAGCCCCCUCCUGACCGCUUCAAUUCAGACGCCUUCUACCAAGCUGGCAAGGCCCGGCCCGGCAUGAUGGUUGCUCCCGAGGCCUACUUUCUCCAGGAGGAUAUUCGGGCAUUUGAUGCCCCUUUCUUCAAGGUCUCCCCUGCGGAGGCCGCAUCAAUGGAUCCUCAGCAACGAUUGCUCAUGGAAGUAGUAUACGAAGCUCUCGAAAGAUCCGGGCUUCCACUACAGCACUUGCAGGGUUCAUAUACGGGAGUUUAUUGUGGCUCCAUGAGCAACGACUACCAAUCCCUGAUCAAUGCAGAUCUAAAUAUGCUACGCCCUUUUUCAGUCACUGGUACAACAGCCUCGAUCCUUGCCAAUCGAAUCUCUUACUUUUUCGAUUGGCAUGGACCCUCAUUUGUCCUGGAUACGGCCUGCUCCUCGAGCUUAGUAGCACUCCACCUGGCGGCGGAGGCACUACACAAUGGUGACUGCUCACUCGCUGUUGUCGUGGGUAGCAACCUGAUUCUAUCCCCAGAUCCAUUUAUUGGGGAGUCCCAGAUGCAUAUGAUGUCACCCACAGGGCGCUGUCAUAUGUGGGAUGCCCAGGGCGAUGGCUAUGCCCGAGGCGAAGGGGUGGCCGCGCUCGUGUUGAAGCGUCUCCAGGAUGCAGUUGCUGAUGCUGAUCCCAUUGAAUGUGUCAUUCGCUCUACUGGUGUAAAUUCGGACGGUCAUACCGAAGCACUGACCUUGCCUAAUGGUGAGGCACAGCGGGAGCUUAUUCGCUCAACAUAUGCGCGCGCUGGUCUCAAUCCCCUUCGCCGAGAAGACCGUUGCCAAUUUUUCGAAGCCCAUGGGACAGGAACACAAGCGGGUGAUCCUCAAGAGGCAUUUGGUAUUUCCUCUGCUUUUUUCGACGAUGGCUCCCAUCCCGAUGAUUUCAUCUACGUGGGCUCCAUUAAGAGCGUCACAGGCCAUGCAGAAGGCACGGCAGGAAUUGCUGGGGUUCUCAAAGCAUCACUAGCCAUCCAGCAUGGUGUUAUACCACCCAACCUGCCGUUUAACAGACUCAACCCCCUAGUGGCUCCAUAUACCUCCCACCUCCAAUUCCCGACUCAAGCUCUUCCCUGGCCAGACCUUCCAUCCGGGUCUCCACGACGGGUGUCGGUCAACUCAUUUGGAUUUGGGGGCACCAAUGCGCACGUCGUUCUGGAGAGCUUUGACAGACCUCCAUCAUCUUCAUCAGACUGUGAGCCUGUAACACCAACAAUUCUCCCGUUUGUAUUCUCAGCAGCAUCUGAAGCCUCGCUCACUGCGGUCCUACGACAUUAUGUCAGUUAUUUGGAGGAACGCCCUACAGUAAACCUACUGGAACUAGCCGCUUCCCUUCUAAAGAAACGAUCCACCUUGAGUCAUCGCUUAAUUCUUACUGCAGGCACAAUUGAAAGCCUCAGGGGGUCCCUAAAUGAUGAACUGCAACGACUAUCUGCUGACACAUCGUCAACUAUCACACGACGGCUCACCCCUGGGCCAAAAAGAAUAUUAGGUGUUUUUACGGGUCAAGGCGCACAAUGGCCACAGAUGGGCUUAGAUGUUAUCUCUCAAUGCCCACAGUCUCAGAUUUGGAUGGAAGAGAUGCAGCAGGCCCUGGAUACUCUUCCAGCGGAGUACAGACCGGCGUUCACUCUUUUGGAUGAAUUGUCCGCUCCCGAGGAAACAUCUCGGCUCAACUCAGCAGCAAUCUCGCUACCGCUGCGUACAGCACUGCAAAUCAUCCAGGUUAAUAUCCUGCGCUCCCUUGGAAUAGAAUUCGCAGCUGUUGUUGGUCAUUCCUCUGGUGAAAUUGGUGCAGCCUAUGCAGCAGGUUGGCUGACCCUAAGAGAUGCCAUUCGGGUCGCCUAUUUGCGAGGAGUCGCAGCACAGUACGCUGGCUCUCAGGGAAAGUCUGGUGCUAUGCUAGCAGUUAGUACACCGUGGGAUCAGGCGGAUGCAAUGUGUAGCGAAGCGGCCCAUUCUGGUACAAUUGUCGUGGCUGCCUUCAAUUCUCCUACCAGUGUGACUUUCUCAGGCGACAGUGAGUUGAUCACUGAGAUGGAGUGGGUCAUAGAGAGCCUCGGCUAUUCUUCACGGCGUUUGCGUGUCGAUACGGCUUAUCACUCUAGUCAUAUGAUCCCCUGUGCUGAUCCAUAUGUUCAAUCAAUGAGACAGUGCCAAGUCCAGGGACGCAAAAGCUCAUCUGACACCAAGUGGUUUUCCAGUGUCUUCGAGGGUCAAGUUAUGCAGAAUCUUGACAUCCAGUACUGGAGCGAUAAUAUGCUUCGCCCUGUACUCUUCUCUCAGGCAUUGACAGCUCCUAUCACAGAACUUCCGGGGAUAGAUGCCAUUGUUGAGGUGGGACCCCAUGCUGCUCUUCAGGGGCCCACCAUGCAAACCUUGUCGACCAUCAAACCUGACGAAGCCGAUGUCCCUUACGUCGGAAUUGCUAAUCGCAAGUCUGGUGGUAUCGAAGCUUUAGCACUGGCGGUGGGCUCUUUAUGGGCGAAUCUAGGAUGUCAAACUCUGGAUGUCGUCUCAUACAUCCGGCUGUUUUCGCCGUCUAUGAAGUUAAACUAUCUUACUGAUCUUCCCACCUAUCCAUUUGACCACAGUCAAAGGUACUGGGCCGUUCCACGUCUAUCCAGUGCGCGCAUCAACCGUCGACACCCCAUCCACCCCCUCCUUGGCGCCCUUACCCCUGAGACUGGCGAUGCAGAGUGGCGCUGGCGUAACUUCUUGCGGGUGCAGGACUUAGAAUGGAUGGACGGGCACCAAGUGCAAUCGCAAGUUGUAUUUCCUGCUACAGGGUAUCUCGUCAUGGCUCUAGACGCGGCCCGUUUUGUUGCAGAUGAACGGCAGCUCCAACUCGUCGAGAUACGUGAACUUACCAUCGAUCGCGCGAUUACUAUACCCGAUAAUUCCUCCGGCGUCGAGACUCUGUUUACUUUCUAUCGAACAGACAGCAAUGGCGACAAAAUAGCUGGGGUAUUCACCUGCCAAUCGAGUCUUGAUGAUAAUUCCUUCCAUUGCUGUGCAUCCGGUCACCUAGAGAUAUCUUUUGGCGAGCCAGAUGCAACGCUCUUGCCAUCAUUGAGUCCGACACCCCCGGGAUUGCGCCCUGUGGAUUCAGACGAGUUCUACCAGCAACUAGAUAGCCUCGGGUAUGGCUACUCAGGUAUAUUUCGCACCCUUCAAGACAUCUGGCGUCGGAAGGACGUCGCAAAUGCCAAACUACCGAUUCUCGACGCGGGUUCAGCGCUUCUGAUCCAUCCUGCUACGUUGGACACUGGCCUCCAGGCCAUAAUGGCGGCGAUGGGAGAUCCUAACGACGGCCAAGUAUCCGGCUUGUAUCUCCCCACUAGAAUCGCAAGCACAAUAAUUAACCCUUCUCUCUACCGCGUCAGCAGCGGGCAAACUCUCCGUGGCCCCUAUGAAGUAGCGGCCACGGUGUCCUGGACCGAUAACUCAGGCAUACGCGGCGAUAUCGAUCUGUUCGACAGUGAAGGUCAUGGUCUAGUCCAAAUAGAGGGUGUUGAAAUAUCUCCCCUUGCCCAGCCCAGUAUGGACGAUAUCAGGGCAUUCGCAGAACGUAAAUGGGGUCCUUUGCUGCCAAACGCAAUGCUCUCCAGGCCCCCUAGUCUCCCUGGCUGUUAUCUCGAGGUCAACCGCGUGGCUCUGCUUUACUUGAGGGACACGCAACAACAGCUGACAUAUGAGGAUCGCCAACAGCUGGAUUGGCACCGAGGCCGCUAUGUAGCCUGGAUGGAUAUGAUGUUGUCCAGGGUGCAGGCUGGCAACCAUCCCAAUUAUCCUGCAGAAUGGCUCCGGGAUGAUUACAUCUCUGUGGUCUCAGAAGAUCUGAAACAUGCGAUCAAAAACCACUUGGAAACCUUAGAGGUUGCGGGUCCGAAACUCAUAGGGUGGCUGCGUGGCCAAGUCAGCAUUAUGGAAGAGCUACGCCGCGACGAUCUCCUCACUCGAUUCUAUCAAGACUUCUGGUUUCGAAUGAUGACUUGCAGUCUCGCUGGUGUCGUAAGUCAAUUGUCCUUCCGGUACCCUCGCAUGAAGAUUCUUGAAGUUGGGGCUGGGACAGGCUCAGCGACACGGGAGGUGCUCGACCAAAUUGGACGAGACUAUCAUUCGUACACCUAUACCGACGUCUCUGCGGCCUUCUUCGAAGAAGCCCAAAGCGCUUUUGAAACGCACAAUGAUCGCUUCAUAUACCAAGUCUUGGAUCUAGAGCGGGAUCCAACAGAACAGGAUUUUGCCGAGCAUGCGUAUGAUCUGGUCAUCGCGAGCAACGUACUGCACGCUACCCGUUCCUUGACUAAAACUAUGACCCAUGUACGACGCUUACUGAAGCCCGGCGGAAGGGUUGUUGUGCUCGAGCUUAUUGACCCUGAAGAUGUUGUCAUUUCGACCAUUUUUGGCGGGUUUGAAGGAUGGUGGUUAGGAGAAAACGACGGUCGCCCCUGGGGACCUAUGGUCUCCAUUGAUGCCUGGGACGAGGUGCUCCGAAAUGCGGGCUUUGGGGGGGUGGAAACAUGUUCUUCUCCAGAAGUCAGAGAACAGGUGGGACUUUCGGUCUUUAGCUCCCAGGCCGUGGAUGAUCACAUUUUGAAGUUGCAGAAACCGCUUUCGGUGCCCGCCACGGGACAGUACCCAGAUCUUGUCCUACUUGGGGGUGCCUCUCCACGCACAGAACGUCUACUCGCUGGGGUCCAGAAUCUCGUGGCACCCUUUUUCGCUCGUAUCAGCCAUUCGGCCACGCUUGAAGACUUUGUCCCUCCACCCAAUGCAACUUUAUUGUCCGUUUUGGUUUUGUCCGACAUAGACACCCCUUGCUUGCAAGAUUUUUCUGCGAACCGUCUGCACAGCCUACAGGCGCUAUUUGGGGCUGCUGGGAAGCUUCUCUGGGUUGCGACUGGCAAGCCCGGCGAAAACCCCUAUCAGGCCAUGACUAAAGGAAUUUUACGCUGUUUGUCUUACGAAAUUCCACAUGCCCUACUCCAGCACCUCACUGUCGAUGACUGGGAAACGGUUGAACCCAAUAUCAUAGCUACAGCACUCAUGCGGCUUGUUCAUACGGAAGCCUAUAAUGACUAUAGUCUCGCUGACUGUACCGAGAAUCCGGAAUGGGAACUUCGAUUCGAAGACAACAUGAUGAUGAUCCCUAGGUUGAAGGCUAGUCCCACGAUGAACCGACGACUUCUUACUAGUCGUGGCUUUGCCAGUAGAGAGCAUGUGGAACCCAAACUGACGCCUGUGAAUGUCGUUUCUGAUAACACAGAAGCCGCCCUGGUCUCAUUACCCCAAAAGACACUGCCAGGCCAGAUGGUCCAUGUGCAUAACAAAGACAUUGUCUACAUUCGGGUCCACUAUGCCACUAUUUCCACGGUUUACGUGGAGUCUGCUGGCUUUGCGUACCUAGUUUUAGGACAAGACCAGAAGACACGCACACGAGUUGUGGGGUUGUCUAUUAAUCACGCCUCGGUCAUUUCCACUCCAGCAUCCUGGUGUUGGAACGCUCCCAGCUGGCUCUCAGAACAAGACGAAGCAGCAUAUUUGAGCGAAGUUGCUACGGCCCUGGUUGCCCGUAAUCUGGUUAGCAAAGCCCCAUCUAACACUGUUCUGCUUCUGGACGGAGCUACCGCAUCUCUUCAAGAAUCGGUGGCUGCAAUGGCCUCCAUGAAAGGUGUCAGAGUGCGGUAUAUCACAAGCACCGAGGUUGCCCGAAAACGCCCAACCACGCUUGUCAUUCCACCCCGUAGCUCAACACGUGCAAUCUCGCGCCUGUUACCUUCUGGGGUUUCGGUUUUCGCCAGUUUGAGGUCUGAAACAGACACUACCAUUUCCCGAAUUAGGUCGGCGUUGUCUCCUGCAGUGGCGACCUAUAGCUUGCCCGCCCUCUACGGCGGCUUGCCAGCCUCAGGGGCAGAGGGCGAAGGGGGCUUCUGCACAAAUAUCCUGGCAGCAUCCUGCAUUUUUGCGGAACAACAAACCUCCUUGCGGUCGACUGUUGUCACGAUCAAACCAGAGGACAUUCCCUCUAACUCCCCAGGCAGUGACCAUUCCAUCAUCGUUGACUGGCUGAAUUCAGGGCCUGUGUUGGCAUACCCCUUAUCUGCUAGCUCGUUAGUAAACUUGAACUCCCACAAGACCUAUUUGCUAGUUGGUAUGACGGGUGAUCUUGGGCGAUCGGUUUGCCAUUGGAUGAUUAGCCGUGGAGCCCGUUACUUGGUUUUAACCAGUCGAAAUCCAAAUAUCGAUCCUUGCUGGGUCGAAGAGAUGACGGCCCUUGGGGCCCACGUCGUCGUAAAGGCCAUGGACGUAUCGGACCGUGCCUCUGUUUUGCAUGUACACAAUUACAUCAUGGCAGAGCUCCCACCAGUUGGGGGUGUUGUAAACGGCGCAAUGGUCCUCCGGGAUGUCGCUUUUGAUAAAGCAUCGCUGGAAGAUGUGGCCACUGUCCUGGGGCCCAAAGUGAAGGGCAGUCAGAUAUUGAAUGAACUCUAUCACGGUGAAAAUCUAGACUUCUUCAUCUUGAUGGGUUCGUAUACCGGCAUAGCCGGUAACUUCAACCAGUCUAUAUAUGCCGCAACAGCGGUUUACAUGGAGGAUCUCGUGCUUCAGCGACGGCUCCGUGGCCAGGUCGGCAGCAUUGUCUUUCCAGCUGAAGUGCGCGGCAUUGGCUAUGUUGCUCGCAUGGGAACACAGACUAGAGAACACCUUGCAAAAACUGUUGGCAAAUCGAUAUUGUCCGAGCGUGACCUGUUGGAACUGUUUGCAGAGGCAAUUCUGGCCGGUCGGCCUGACUCUGACCGGGAUCCAGCUAUUAUUUGCGGUCUUGCUAUGACUGACCCUGCAGAAUAUCCCGACGUGAUAUGGUUCAAAAACCCUAGCCUCUGGUCCUACAUUCAAUAUUCUCGACAGUCGCAGGCUCGGGACGGUAAGCAGGAGCAAAUCCCCAUCAAGGCGCAACUGCAGUCGGCAAGUAGCUUAACUGAAGCGGCCGAGAUCAUUGCUGCAGGCUUCUCUAAGAAACUUGAGCGCAAGCUACAACUGCCUCGAGAUUCCGAGCUACCUGGGGCGACCUUGUUAUCUGAUUUCGGCAUAGAUUCACUGAUCGCGGUCGAUCUGCGGGUCUGGUUUGUCAAGGAGUUAGGCGUGGAUAUGCCGGUGCUAAAGCUGCUAGGAGGGUUGUCCAUUGAUGCCCUGGCGCAAGAUGCGGCUGGACAGUUGGACCCAGCACUGCUGCCACGGGUCCAGACAUAA